AUGUUCGUUCCAAUGAUUAUUGGCGAGCUUAUGUUGGCCAAUCAGGAGAUACAGCGGUCAGGAUCCCUCAGCACUGUCGAUGCAUACUGGCCGGCGAAACCUCAUCUUUACAUUACUUCGUCAUUGCCAAAGGGCAAUGGAAAUCGCGAUGCCAACUUUAUCAAGCUUUGGAGUAUUGAGGCUCUAGGAAGCACCGACCCUUCCGUCAUUGGUAUGCUGAGUAAUUUCCUCGAGAUGGGCCUAUGUCGAGUGUUUCAAUCGCUCCCCCCAGCAGACUUGGAAGCAGUUUUUGGCCCACCUAGUCCUACUCAUGGAGAAAAGUAUACAUUCAUCGGGCUGAAUUUAGUAUCUCCCCUUCUUCAAGGGAGAUAUCUAUCCCCAUGGACGAGGCAUAAACAUGCAAUUCGGUUGAAGGAGGCAAAUGAUCCUGAUAUACGCGCAUAUCCCGAUCACCGCCUGAAACACGAUCAUAAUAUCAAGCGAUACCAGAAACUUCAGCCAAGCACGUGGACACGUCUCACACAUGAAAACUGCAAAGCAGCAGUUGAGUCUGCUGCUACUACGGACCUGAUCCUCAGCCAAAAACUGAAGCGUUUUGUGGAAAGCUUAUCAGUCGCUACCAAAUCAGCAAAAGAUCAGGAUAGCUUUGAGUGGCUACAUACGGAGCUUAACGCACUUUCUUUGCUAGAUGGGUCUUUCAGUGUCUGUAUGCCGAUCGGAAGCUCAAAAGCUCAGCUGGGUGUGAUUCUGAGCGAAACCUUCAUUCAGUCUGCUGUUCCCUCAACACUUCAAGAUUGCGGGUUCAACGAAGCAAACAUCUUGAUCUGGGCAGCGAGCUUCCAAAGGUCGCAUAUUGGACCAGGGCUAAAACUUGCCACGAACAAGCUACAAAACUUUUCUUCUAGAUUUAGAGAACUCAACUUUGCUGUGGCUUCACACAGUCAAGUACGAAUAGUUCUCGUCGCAGACAAAUUAGCAGAAGCAGUCUUGUUCUCAGAUAAUUCGAGAUUCAAACGCUUUUCUUUGGAUCUUCAAAAUCAACUUUUUGAAGGGUGGAUUAACAUUGAAGAGGAGACGCCAAGCUGUAUCUAUCUUUCGCCAGAGCCACUUUUAGUGGCUCUCUCCAGUCAUGACCGGAGAAAGGUCAAAAGAUUAACAACCCUUCUUCGCUUUUCAACGUUUCUCCUCAACUUGAAGAACAUAAAUCCAUCCGCCUGCUCGUCGGCACUGGCAGCGAUCGAGAUCAUUCGCCGAUACGACAUGGAAAGGGACGGACACGAGAAGAUGACAGCUGAGUCGGUGGACCCUUAUCUAGAGGGGUGGCUCCACGAGAAAGGAUUCACUAGUUCGGAUAUCAGAAUGCUUGAAAAAUGUGCUGAUUCUCUCCACGCAACAAGGACUUCUGCAGGAAGGAUUACACCCAGUAUUAGAAAUUUAUCCCCAUCUGGCUUCGAUCAGUCAAGAAGCCCUUCUUAUUCAAGCAGAAGCCAACCAGGAUAA